AGACAGAGAUUGGAGGUUCCCAGAUACCCCCAUGCAUUGUGGUGUGAACAUGCCCAGUGGGUCAGUCUCAGACAUGGACCGUGAUUAUGGGCAUGGAGGCUAUGGUGGCCCACGAUCCAUGGACUCUUACCUUAACCAAUCCUAUGGGAUGGAGAGUCAUGGAGGUGGAGGCGGAGGAGGUGGUGGUGGUGGUAACAGGUUUGGACCUUAUGAGUCUUACGACUCCGGGUCUUCUCUGGGUGGGCGAGAUCUGUACAGAUCUGGCUAUGGUUAUAAUGAACCCGAACAAAGCCGCUUCGGAGGUAGUUAUGGUGGUCGAUUUGACAACUCCUACCGGAAUAGCCUUGACUCUUUCGGAGGUAGAAACCAGGGCGGGUCUAGCUGGGAAGCACCUUACUCCCGUUCAAAAUUGAGGCCUGGGUUUAUGGAGGACAGAGGAAGAGAGAGUUACUCUUCCUACAGCAGUUUUUCUUCACCCCAUAUGAAGCCUGCACCUGUAGGCUCUCGGGGGAGAGGAACGCCUGCUUAUCCUGAAAGUGGAUUUGGAAGCAGAAACUAUGAUGCUUUUGGAGGACCAUCAACAGGCAGAGGCCGAGGCCGAGGACAUAUGGGAGAGUUUGGAGGCAUGCACAGACCUGGAAUUGUUGUUGACUAUCAUAACAAACCCAGUCCUGCAGCAGUUGCUGCAAGAGGAUUAAAAAGAAAAAUGAUACCACAACCAUAUAACAAACCUGGUGGGACAUUUAUCAAGAAACCGAAAAUGACAAAACCUAUUCUGAAGCUGAGCCAGAAAAAAUCACCUAAUAUGAAGUCAUCUUUCCAGGAUUCUACUAUAGAGGAAAUUGAAGUGGACACAAGUGGUGCAGUUGUUAUAUAUGAAGACUUUACAAGAGAUGCUUAUGAUCUUGGAUAUCAGACCUUUGGAGAUGGCAAAGGAGAAGUUAAAAGUGAGGAAGAAGAAAAACGACGAAUUGAGGCCCGAAGAGAGAAGCAAAGGCGUAGAAGGGAGAAAAACAGUGAAAAAUAUGGUGAUGGAUACAGAAUGGCAUUUACUUGCUCAUUUUGCAAAUUUCGAACAUUUGAAGAAAAAGAAAUUGAAUCGCAUCUGGACAGUGCAGCUCACCAGGAAACAUUGGAUCAUAUCCAGAAGCAAACCAAAUUUGACAAAGUAGUGAUGGAAUUUCUUCAUGAGUGUAUGGUGAAUAAAUUCAAGAAGACAGCUAUGCGUAAGCAACAGACAAGUAACCAAACAGAAAAUGCUCAAGCUGCUGAGAAAGAUAUAAUGGAGGGGGUUACUGCUGAUGACCAUAUGAUGAAAGUUGAGACUGUUCACUGCAGUGCUUGCAGUGUGUAUGUUCCUGCAUUACACAGUUCUGUUCAGCAGCACUUAAAAUCUCCUGAUCACACAAAAGGAAAACAAGCCUACAGAGAACAAAUAAAAAGGGAGAGUGUUCUUACUGCCACCAGUAUUUUGAAUAAUCCUAUAGUCAAGGCACGAUACGAGCUGUAUGUGAAGGGUGAAAAUCCUUUUGAAAUUAAUGAUCAGGCUCAGGAGCAGCAGGCAGAAGAAGAGGACAAAGCUGAUGAGCCAGCUGAGGGUGAGGAAGAAGAGGAGGAAGAAGAGGAAGAAGAAACUGAAGAACAAACUGACUUCACUUUAGACCACACUGAAGAUAACUAAAUGCAAGAAAGUGAAAAUAUAUUGGGGGGGAGGGGGUGGGAAACAGCUUUUUAUUUCUGCUCCUAAGUGGCUAAGACUUUUUAAUAGUCUCAAAUGAAGUUGCUGAAGAUUCCCCUCCAUAUGCAUGCAUUCCAUUCCGUGGAGAACUUGUUUAUAUAUAUAUUCCCCUGUGUUUCUGAUUUUGUUUAAAAUGAAUUUAAGACUAUUUUAGUUGAGCUUUUUAUAGCAAACUGACUGUUAAAGCUGAUUAAAACUUUGUGUUGUAUAUUUUUUUAAGCAUCCUAUUUUUUUGGUGUGUGUAUUGAAAGUUGGAUAUAAUAAUUUUUGGUCUAAUCAGUGGAAAGGAAAGGCGUGUCUGUGGGGUAAAUAUAUUAUAUGCUGUAUGGCAUAAGCUUAUUGUAUUUACCUCUUAGUACAGAACGAGUAACUUCAAAAAUUGUGCUGUUGAGUGUGGCUGUUUUGGGGACUGCAUUGCACUCUGUAUAAUAGAGUAUGUGUUAUAAUAUGCCUUGUAGCUUUUUGUGAUAAGAUGUACCAGUUUGUAGCAAUAAAACACUUAAGAAAUG